AUGUCCGCAAAGGUCAACAAGCCGACCGACUUGAAGCAGAAGGAGGCCGAUGUCAACCGCAAGCUUCAACUCUACGGCAUCGUGUCCGCUUUCCAAGCUGGCAAGGUUCCAUCGAACGACCAAAUCGAUGUCGCCUUGAAUAGCUUCCUGGCCUCCAAGGCCCUGUCUAAUCCUCCCGAGAAGCUUUCCCCCGAGGGCAAAGCGCUCGUCGCCGACGCCCGCGACGUUAUCAUUCAAGCAAAGAACCUUCUGUUGUCCAAGAACCAGGGCAACCUGCUCCAGGACUUCAUCUGGCAAACUGAGCAAUUCGACCCUAAGGCUGUACAAGUCCCCGGCGCCCCUAUCAACAAGGAGGUCGCCCAGCAGCAUGGUGACAAAGCACUAGAGGGCCUCCGGACUCUCGGAACCCUCAUCAUUACCAACGGUCAAUUCCGCAAGCUUCUCAAGGAUGCUACCGUUCUUCUCCGUGACAUGGCCGGCGAUGCCGCUACCAGCGCCGCCGACCGUGUCCGCCCCUCGGGUGAUGCUCUUCAGGAAAUUGAUCGCCCUGCCGAGGACAACACCUGGCAUGAAGCACCCGACUUCUCCAAGGAGAACUUCAAGAAGCAGGCUCAGGGUGUCUACAAGGGUUCUCUUGCUGAUGAUGCUCGGGAAGUUGCCAAUGCCGGCACUCAGGCGGCUCACCCCAACGGUACGCAGAGCCCUCAGGACCUGGCCGCGACCGCCGCGCGUGACCAGCAGGAGGGAACUAGCUCCGGUGUAAACGCACAGGGUGGCCUUAACGCAGCUCUCAACGUCGCUCAGAAGAAGUACAAUGAGAACGUCGACGAUGAGACGAAGGAGCAGGCUCGCCAGCGCAAGGAAGAAUACCGUCGCCGUGCUAAGGAAUAUUUCAACAAGAAGAUGCCUCAGGAACGCAAAGAGCAGACCAUUUGGCGCCUGAAGAAGAUGGUACUCGAGUGCCAGCAACAUCCCGAUUAUGCUCAGGCCAUCGAGACUCUUCUUAACCUCGCCGAGGAGUAUGCUGGCCACUCGCGUUCCAUCGCUCAGGGCGGAACUGGCACUGUGAAAGACACCCGCGCCGGCCUCGCUCAGGCUGAGUCUGACCUUAAGACUCUCAUCGAGCGAUUUGCCAACGGAACUUCUACUGAGGAUCUCUUCGAGUCCAUUCAACAGAUCUACCGUGAUGCCGACAACGAUCGUGAGCUCAAGGACUGGUUCAAGGCUAUGGACCGAUACGUCCGCCGCUGCCUUCUCGAGCAGGGAUACAUCCUGGAUGAGGAUUCCAACCAGGAGUGGAACAACCUCUAUGACCAUGGUCGUUACUUGCUCCGCAACAAGUACCGUACUCACACCGACCGAGUUUUCGAUGAGAUCAAGUUCUUGAUCGAUCAGUUUGACCAGGAUCCUCAGAACAAGCGCUUUGGUCAGGCUGUUCAAAAGUUGUUCACCGACCUCGGCAAUGACGAGAAUGGCAAGCCUACCUUUAAGCCCCACCUUAUCAAGGAUCUCUCGGAGGUUAUCCUCCCUUCCAUCUUUGAGAACGUGGCUUACGUUCCCGUCCCUCGCAUCGAGUAUUCCGACCCUCAGUUCGAUGCCGUCAUUGAGAAUCUUGUUCUUGAGUCGGACAACUUCAUGCCCAACGUCCUUGAGGUUAACAGCGAGAACUACUUCCUUUGGGGACGCAAGAACACUGCCAACAAGCACAAGCAGUCUUUCGAAGUCAAGUUUGCUGGGGUGCAGCUUGACCUGCGUGAUGUCAGCUACCACGUCAAGCGCAAACAAGGCUUCCCAUCCAUUGCCGAUACUGGUGUUGCCGACAUCCUUUUGGCUGGCGAUGGUUUCUCCUUCAAGCUGAAGCUGUCCUCUGCCGACAAGAAGGAUAGCCAGAACUUCUUCAAGAUUGACAAGGUCGAUGUGGACAUUAAGCACAUGAGCAUCAAGCUGAAGCAGUCGAACCACAAGCUCCUGUUUAGCUUGUUCAAGCCCAUCAUGCUCAAGGUUCUCCGCCCUGCCCUUCAGAAGGCCGUUGAGAAGGCCAUCAAAGAUCAGGCCACUCAGCUGGACAGCAUCCUUUUCCAGGUCAAGCAGGAGGCCGACCGCGCCAUCGAUGAGGCCCGGUCUGAUCCCGAGAGAACCCCCAACAUCUACAACCGUUACGCCACUGCCAUGCAGAAGCGCGCUCUGCAAACCAAGCAGAAGGCCCAGGAGGUUGCUGCCGACAAGAAGGUUAACUACGCCAUCACCAAGGAGGACUCCAUCUUCCCCGACAUCAACCUUCCCGGCGGCAUUAGCACCAAGGCCACCGAGUACAAGGACUUGGCUCGCAAGGGAGAGCGUUGGGAGAGCCCUGUCUUCUCCAUUGGGAAGGCCAGCAAGUCGACCGACAUUCCCCCCGCGCCUCGUAUCGAACGCAAGAAGCAUGGUCUGCCUACCCAGCAAGGACAGUAUGCUCCUCAUGCCAACAGCAACCUGAAUGGCAACAUCGACAAGAACUUUGAUUCGCUGUACGAUUCUAACCCCAACGGUGGUCUCAACGGCAACGUCAACACUCUAUCCAGCCCUGCCCACGUUAGCGGCUACUAG